AUGCCGCACUCUUUAUCGCCUGAUCUUGCGCAAAAUGAUGAUGAGAUGCCGGAUGCGCCAUCAGUCGAAACCUCGACUGAGAACAAUGUUAAGCUGGAGGACAUGUUCAACGACGAUGAGGACGAUGAGGAAUUCCCUACUUCCGGGGAUGUGAAGAUGGAUUCUCCAGCCGUAAAGCCAGAAGAGCCUGUCCCUACACCAUCUGGGGUUGACGACGAAGUCAUGCUUGCCUUUUAUCAACGACUUUUUCCCUUUCGAUACCUAUUCCAGUGGCUGAAUCAUGGAAUUGUGCCGACGAAAGACUUCGGAAACCGCGAAUUUGCCCUUACGCUACAAAAUGACGCCUAUCUCAGAUACCAAUCAUACCCCACCGCAGACAUGUUCCGGAAGGAUAUUCUGAGAAUGAACCCCUCUCGUUUCGAAAUUGGACCCGUCUACAGCACCAACCCGCGCGAUCGCAAAACGCUCCGAGGUGGUCAAAUGAAGCCUGUCUCCAAGGAACUGGUGUUCGAUAUCGAUUUGACUGAUUAUGACGACAUCCGUACUUGCUGUGUCAAGGCGAAUAUCUGCCCUAAGUGUUGGUCGUUUGCGACAAUGGCUAUCAAGGUCAUUGAUACCGCUCUACGGGAAGACUUUGGGUUUGAGCACAUUCUCUGGGUUUACUCCGGCCGACGUGGUGUUCACGCUUGGGUGUGUGAUCCGCGGGCACGUAUUAUGCCGGAUGAUCGACGAAAAGCCCUUGCCGGCUAUCUCGAACUCAUUCGAGGAGGGUCACAGAGUGGCAAGAAAGUCAAUAUAAAACGACCACUGCACCCCCACAUUGUCCGCAGUCUCGAGAUCCUGAAGAACGAUUUCGCUAGAACGACUCUUGGCGAUCAAGACACAUUUGAAAGCGAUGAGCAGGCGGAACGCUUGCUUUCUUUACUGCCCGAUAAGGGUCUGAAUGAUUCCCUGCGAAGAAAGUGGGACUCUUCUCCAGGUCGCGCCAGCACCAGCAAAUGGGCUGACAUCGACUCACUCGCCAAGAGCGGUAAAAGCACUACUCUGAAGACAUCUACUCUUCGGGAUGCGAAGCAGGAUAUUGUUUUGGAAUACACAUACCCUCGCCUGGAUGCCGAGGUCAGCAAAAAGAUGAUUCACUUGUUGAAGAGUCCCUUCGUUAUUCACCCAGGAACUGGCCGUAUUUGUGUUCCUAUUGAUCCUCGCAAUGCCGAAAACUUCGACCCUCUAUCCGUCCCGACAGCGAUGCAGCUGCUUACGGAGAUUGACGAAUACGAUGCGAAGCACCCUGCUGGCACAGCGGAGGCUGAUGUCCCGGAUGUGGAAGGCAGUGCAGCAAACGGCUCUGAUGUUAAGGGUAGUCGCAAGUUGCAAGAUUAUGAAAAGACUAGCCUGAAGCCCUACAUCGACUUCUUCCGCUCCUUCAUCGCAGGCCUCAUGAAGGAGGAACGUGCGGGCAAGCGUGAGCGGGAUGAGAGUGGGCCAGCUGUCAAGGCGGAUCCCAUGGAAUUCUAG